AUGUCGGUACAGGAGAAGCCGACGGCGUCAUCGUCGUCGGUCACGGUGGAUCCGUUGCUUAAGGAUCUGACGGAGAAGAAGCAGAACUUCCGGCGGAACGUGGUGUCUCUGGCGGCGGAGCUCAAGGAGGUUCGCGGCCGCCUCGCUUCUCAGGAAAACUUCUUCGCCAGAGAAACCCUAACAAGACAGGAAGCUGAAAACAGAGUGAAGAGUUUGGAAAUUGAAGUCAGUAGAUUGGAGAAGGAUUUAGAUGAAAGAACUGUGCAGCUGGAGGCUUCAACUUCUGCUUCUGCCAUGUAUGCCAAAGAAUUGGAUGAUUUGAGAGUCCAACUCACAAAUACUCGAGCUACUGCGGAUGCAUCUGCAGUGUCUGCUCAAUCAGCACAUUUGCAGUGUUCGGUACUGGCGAAAGAAUUAGAGGAGAAAAACUGCUCAAUCAAAGAGCACGAGGCUCGCGUGAAUAUAUUGGCAGAGCAACUGGAUCUUCUACAGAAGGACCUUCGGGCCCGUGAAUUUUCCCAAAUGCAGCUAAAAGACGAAGUCUCUAGAGUUGAACAUGAGAUCAUGCAGUCACUAGCAAAGGCCGGUGUAAACAAAGAUUGCGAACUCCGCAAGAUUUUAGAUGAGGUGUCACCCAAGAAUUUAGAAAAUAUGAAUAAGCUUUUGACGGUAAAAGAUGAAGAAAUAGCUAAGCUGAGGGAUGAGAUUAGGAUCAUGUCCACCCACUGGAAGCUCAAAACUAAAGAGCUGGAAUCUCAGCUGGAGAAGCAGCGUAGGGUGGAUCAAGAGCUGAAGAAGAAAGUUUUGAAGUUGGAGUUUUGUCUGCAAGAAGCACGAGCCCAGACUCGUAAACUCCAAAGAAUGGGAGAGCGUAGGGACAAAGCUCUGAAAGAGCUAAGAGAUCAGUUGGUUAGCAAACAACAUGCGGAGCCUAGUGUGUGUGAGAACAGCGAUAAGCAGAACUUUUGGGAUGCAUCAGGUUUCAAGGUUGUGAUAUCGGUAUCAAUGCUGAUCUUGGUCAUGUUCUCCAAGCGGUGA